GUGCGGCCCAGUUCUAGUAUCUAAACCAGACCAUGAUUGAACCUUUCCGUCCUCGAAAGAACGUUCAAAUACAAAGAGUACACAUCGUCGCCAUUCGUUCUCCACUUAUGUACGUAGUCGCCAUCGCGAUGAUUACAUAGAAGACAUUGCAUUCCUGUCGUGCUGCAUCGCAGAGCCUACCAAAAAGCAUCGCGCACGAGAAAAAUCGUCCACAUUGUCAUUAUCCUAGAAGUAGAAGAAUCCAUCGCUCCUUCCUUCUCCAGGAAAAGCAAGAAAAACAGGAAGAACAAGUCGUGCUGCUUUGAAUAAUAUAAGGCACAGGCUCUGCUUGUGAUAUAGUAUUGAAACAUUCAUCGUGCACAGGUCGGUGGCUUACGGCAAAAAUGGUACACAAUGAGGGUACCACGUAGAAUCCCACCCUGUAUAAGUAUUACUCCUCCUAGGAAUAGUGUUAGUACCACAAUUUUCAGGUAGCAGUCAUGCAACUCCUUCGAUAUACUAAUUGAGCAGAAGUUCUCAAUCUAUUCAACUUCUACGGGCCGCGCCAUUCUUGCUCCCCAAUUUCAUAUUCAACUACAUAUGUGUACAGUCCUUCGCUAGAAGCCACAGAAACGAUCCGGACGUUAAGUAAUAUCAGUAAUUACUAUACCGUAGUAGAAUUACCGGAGAAAUUAUCACCCCGCCCAGUUUCAGUUAUGCCAAUCGUUUCGUCCAACCCCCCACCCUCGAGCAGCUCCGUAGUUGGUGCGAUCUCCAUCCGUGCCACCAACGGAGGAACUACAGCUGCAAAUCCGACAUCCAGAAGUGUCUCGUCGUCCCUGACGGCGUCGCCUAUGGCCGUCAACGCUAUUUCAAGAAGCACGGCAUCUUUGACCACUACAAGCGCAGCUGCAAGACCAACAGCAACUUCUAGCGGUAGUACUUCUAUCCCGGCGACGACGAGCUCGAGUGUUCUCUCGAUCACUGGUCGUGGCCGCUCGCUUUCGUCCGCAACGAACGGGUACGCCAUUUCCGUCGCGCGCGCGGCGGCGGCAAGGGCCAAUUCUGGCGCGGCAAGCACUUCCGAGUCCCAGAGGAACGCGAUGCAGGACCGCCAACUGCUCCAACGGGCACAAAGGAUCCAGAACCGCGUGGAGUCGAUUUCCGAUUUUUACCACAACAACCGCGCUGUCGUCGCCGACCUGGCCAGCUCCGCGAGCGACUUGCAGGUGGAAAUCGAGCGGUCGAACAGUGAGCUGGAAACGCGACGGCAGGAGAUCCAAGAUAUCAAAUGUAAAAAUGUCUGGGUCUGGAAGAUUUCCAGGUUUGUCAUGCACAUUUUGCAUGACUCCUGAUGUCUGUGAUGCAUGCCCUAGCAUCACAGAUUUUGUGAGGGCUUCCUGAUGCCUAUACCGCAUGACAAAUGCUCUGUCCGUGUAGCAGAACUUGGACGCUCUUUGCUGCUCAUGCAAUACAGAUUUUUUUAGAAUCCCAAAUCAGCAUGACAAGUUAGAUUCUUCCAGACCCAGACAUUUUUACAUUUGAUCCAGGACUUGCGGGAACGACUCCAGCUGGCGCAGCAGCUCCGGGACCGCGCCAUGGCCGACUACGAGCGGUCACUGGCUACGACGAACGCCCUGCAGAACGCCAUUGAAGCCUUGACGGCGAACGCCGCCAACGCGGUGCACGAAGCAAUCAGGAACGUGGAGCAGGAAAUCGCAAAUGCGCAGAUACGACAAGCGGAAAGUGACUUGCAGCAGCAGAAUGUUGUGGUUCAUGAGUUGAACAAUUUGAACAUCCAAAAUCUACAAAACCAAAACAACGCCCUGCAUGCGCUCGUGCCCAUGUCCCGCGCUUCGACCUUGACGCCCAGGUCGCUGGCGUCGGACUUAGGCACGGAAUUUCAGGAGGACGACUGAAGUGUGUGAUUGCUGUGAGUGAUCUACUUACGUCGAGGAAGCACAUGCCAAGCUGUUUAUUGAAACUAUAACUCGCAUAGUGCCACA